CUGCGCAGGCGCAGUUGUGCACGGGGAGUGGGCGCCAAGAUGUCGAACCCUUUGGCACCUCCAAAGUCGUUCCCUAAGUAUGUUCCGGCUCCCCUUGCCACUCUGCCCCAGACUCUCGACCCAGCCGAAUAUGACCAAUCUCCGGCAACCCGGAAGGCGCAAGCCGAGCGGUUAGCUAUAAGAGCCCGGCUUAAACGGGAGUACCUGCUUCAGUACAACGACCCCAACCGCAGAGGGCACAUCGAAGAUCCUGCCUUGACUCGUUGGACCUAUGCAAGAUCAGCAAAUGUCUAUCCCAAUUUUAGACCCACUCCCAAGAACUCAUUGUUAGGAGCUCUGGUUGGAUUUGGGCCCCUCAUCUUCUGGUAUUAUGUUUUCAAAACGGACAGGGACAGGAAAGAAAAACUUAUCCAGGAAGGAAAACUCGAUCGAACAUAUAACAUUACAUAUUAAGUCUGGCAAUGAUGACUGGAUAUAUUCUUGCUUAAAUAAAUCUUCUAUUAAUUACUAAA